UCAGGAAUCCGCAAAGCCCUCCAGGACCUGGGUCUCCGAAUUAUGGAGAUGGGGGACGAGAAUGCAACGCUGGAUGGCACUGAUGUUCUCUUCACCGGCCGGGAGUUUUUUGUAGGCCUGUCUAAGUGGACCAAUCACCGAGGAGCUGAGAUCGUGGCGGACACGUUCCGAGACUUUGCGGUCUCCACAGUCCCGGUCUCGAGUCCCUCCCACCUGCGUGGCCUCUGUGGCAUGGGGGGACCACGCACUGUGGUGGCAGGUAGCAGUGAAGCCGCCCAAAAGGCUGUCAGGGCAAUGGCAGUGUUGACGGAUCACCCCUAUGCCUCACUGACCCUCCCAGAUGACGCAGCUGCUGACUGUCUUUUUCUGCGUCCUGGGUUGCCCGGGGUGCUCCCUUUCCUCCUGCACCGUGGAGGUGGGGACCUGCCCAACAGCCAGGAGGCACUGCAGAAGCUCUCUGAUGUGACCCUGGUACCUGUGUCCUGCUCAGAACUGGAGAAAGCAGGCGCUGGGCUCAGCUCCCUCUGCCUGGUGCUCAGCACACGCCCCCACAGCUGAAGGCCUGGCCUUGGGGUCCUGGUGAGCCAGGAAUAGGGUCACAUAGGGAGUGGAAGGGAAUGGAGGAUUACAGAGAGGAUGAUGAAUAGGCAGUAGUGAGAAGAGGGCCCCAGGAUGGGGGGAGGGCAUAGUGUGGGAGAAAAAAGGAUAGAGGCCACUGGGUGAGUCCUCUCCCCUAGAACAAUAAAACAGAACUGACCUUUUAGACUG